AUGCGCUGGUUCGUCACUCCAGCAUAUUACGACAAACUUGAGCAGAGCGAGACGAUACUCGAUGAUACACCACCAAGAACUACAAACAGUACCGACAAGGCUCGGCGGGUUCGCUUCCUACUUUGGUCGACACUCACCAGCUUAUCGAUCUUACUGAAUGUUCUUCUGCUUGGGUUUGUCUGGCUUUGGACGGAUACAUGCAACGUGCAUACAGGUGGUUACCGCAAUGUCUCGAUGAAUGCAAAUUUCAAAGCAGCAUCGGCAUACUCUCCGAUCUUUGAUAAGGUCGACAUGCAAGUGGGUCUCACGACUGUCAACGGCGCAAUGCACGACAACACUUCCAUCUGGCGAAAGCCACCAUCACCCGAGGUCGAUGCAGCGUGGGACAGCUUGACAAGGGGAGGCCUCGAAAUUAUCACUGUGUCGGCAGCCGAUAUCGAGCUCUCUGGCAAAGAUCCGGCUCUCAGCGUCAAAGCGCCGCCUUCCUGGGAUCAAGGACCAGAUGCAUAUUUCGCUCAGAUCGACAUCUUCCACAUCUUGCAUUGUCUAGAUGGAAUCAGGAAAGAGAUGUGGUCCGAGUAUUACUAUGACGAUCCAUCGGAUGCCAUCCGUCGCGAGCUCAAGGCACAUUGCCUUACAAUACAACUGGAUGCAUGA